UUCCUGGGAAUCAGCAAGACCUUCCUUCAGUAAAGAGUGAAGAUUUUGGAAAUGUGCAGGAGAUGUCUACGAAAAACCUCAUUGUUGGUCCACUGAAUCUUCGACUGGAUAGCAGUGCCGUACACCGGAUAAUGAAAAUGAUCGUUUGUGCUCUGGAACAUGAGUAUGAGCCAUACAGGAGAACUAAGCCAGAUGUUACAGAUGGAAAUAGAACUAUGCCAAACUCAGAAGAAGUAGCAUCGCUGGAAGAAUACAUUCCCACUCGACUUACAACGUUCACUAUUCUUAAGUGUACAAUUACAAUCCCUGUGGCAGAAUUCAAUUUGCUGGACCACUUGUUGCCCAUAAUCAUGGGUGGGAAG